UCCGCCCUUUGGCGGCUGGAGCAGCCGGAAGCCAGCAUGGCGGCAGCCGGGGCAGCUGCCACAGACCUAGAGGUGGUCCGAGGCAAGCGCGCCGCCCUCUUCUUCGCUGCGGUGGCCAUCGUGCUGGGGCUGCCGCUCUGGUGGAAGACCACGGAGACCUACCGGGCCCCGUUGCCUUACUCCCAGAUCAGUGGGCUGAAUGCCCUGCAGCUGCGACUCAUGGUGCCCGUCACUGUCGUGUUUACUCGGGACUCAGUACCACUGGACGACCAGGAGAAGCUGCCCUUCACCGUUGUGCAUGAGAGAGAGAUCCCUCUGAAAUACAAAAUGAAAAUCAAAUGCCGUUUCCAGAAGGCCUACCGGAGAGCUCUGGACCAUGAGGAGGAGGCCCUGUCAUUGGGCAGUGUGCAAGAGGCAGAAACCAUGUUAGCUGAGCCACAGGAGCAAGCAGAGGGCUCCCUGACUGUGUACGUGAUCUCUGAACACUCUCCACUUCUCCCUCAGGAUAUGAUGAGCUACAUUGGGCCCAAGAGGACAGCAGUUAUGCGGGGGAUAAUGCACCGGGAGGCCUUUAACAUCAUUGGCCGCCGCAUAAUCCAGGUAGCCCAGGCCAUGUCUUUGACUGAGGAUGUGCUUGCUGCGGCCCUGGCGGACCACCUUCCAGAGGACAAAUGGAGCUCUGAUAAGAGGCGGCCUCUCAAGUCCAGCUUGGGCUAUGAGAUCACCUUCAGUUUACUCAACCCAGACCCCAAGUCCCAUGACGUCCACUGGGACAUCGAGGGGGCUGUCCAGCGCUAUGUGCAGCCCUUCCUGAAUGCCCUCAGUGCUGCGGGCAACUUCUCUGUGGACUCUCAGAUCCUUUACUAUGCAAUGUUGGGGGUAAACCCCCGCUUUGACCCAGCUUCCUCCAGCUACUAUUUGGCCUCGCACAGUCUACCCCACGUCAUCAACCCCGUGGAGUCCCGGCUGGGAUCCAGCGCUGCCUCCCUUUACCCUGUGCUCAACUUCCUACUCUAUGUACCCGAGCUUGCCCACUCCCCCCUGUACAUUCAGGACAAGGAUGGGGCUCCAGUGGCCACCAACGCCUUCCACAGUCCCCGCUGGGGUGGCAUUAUGGUAUACAAUGUGGACCCCAAAGCCUACAAUGCCUCGAAACUGCCAGUGAGAGUUGAGGUGGACAUGGUGCGAGUGAUGGAGGUGUUCCUGGCUCAGUUGCGGCUGCUCUUUGGGAUUGCUCAGCCCCAGCUGCCUCCAAAAUGCCUGUUUUCAGGGCCUAAGAGUGAAGGGCUAAUGACCUGGGAGCUAGACCGGCUGCUCUGGGCUCGGUCCGUGGAGAACCUGGCCACAGCCACCACCACUCUCACUUCCCUGGCCCAGCUUCUGGGCAAGAUCAGCAACAUUGUCAUCAAGGACGAUGUGGCAUCUGAGGUCUACAGGGCUGUAGCUGCAGUCCAGAAGGCGGCAGAGGAGUUGGCCUCUGGGCACCUGGCCUCUGCCUUCGUUGCCAGCCAGGAAGCUGUGACAUCCUCGGAGCGUGCCUUUUUUGACCCGUCACUACUCCACCUCCUCUAUUUCCCUGAUGACCAGAAGUUUGCCAUUUACAUCCCGCUCUUCCUGCCUAUGGCUGUGCCCAUCCUCCUGUCCCUGGUCAAGAUCUUCCUGGAGACCCGCAAGUCCUGGAAAAAGCCUGAGAAGAUAGACUGAGCAGGGCAGCAUCUCAGUAGAAAGCCUUCCUUUCUGGCCAGGGUGGGAGGUAUCUGAUUGAGAGGCACAGCAAUGGGGCCUCUCACGAAUGAUUUGUCUCCAGCCUCUGCUGCCUCAUCCAGCAACCAGAGUACAACACUCUAAGAAGGGUUCAUCUUUCCUUCCCUUCCCAUUCUUGUGGCUCAGAUCCUCCCUUAGUCCGUGCACAACCCCCUAUCCUCAAAAGGUGCAUCAUCAGGGUCUCCUUAUCUGGCUUAAAGAUGAAGGCCUUUGCGUAGCUCCCUCUGGGGCAGAGGCAGCUUGUUGUGCUUCUGCCCUGUUCCUCACAGUCCUCUUGUACUGAGAGAGAGCGUUAGGGGAAAGCCCUGGGUUGGCUUCUAGCCCCCUCUGCUCAUGCUUCUCUAGGGACAAGCCCUAGCACUGUUCUCAUGGAAGGGGCCAGUCACAGGUCACCUCUGGGGUCUUCUCCCUUACUCCCGCCCCCCUGGCUGACUAUACCUGUUGGGUACAGCCUGACGGGAGUCCAGAAGGUGGCAGAUCAGGACCUGAUGCUGUGUGUGUGCAGAAGUUCCUUUCACCCUUUCAUAGAGGCAAUGUGGUACAGUGGGGAAAGUUCUGGACUUGGGGUCAAGCAUGCCUGAAUUCAAACUCUUGCUUCUGCACUUAACCAUGUGGGGAGCUUUGAAUAAGCCGUUUAAUCUCUCUGAGCCUCAGUUUUUCAUUUGUUAAAAUAGCACUAAUGAUACCUCCCUUACAAGGUGGUUGUGAGGAUUAAAUAUAAGCAUGUGAAAUGUCGGGCAUAUUCUAGGCUCUCAAUAAACAUUGAUUGAAUGUGAAUUGGAAUGAUA